UUCGGGUCUCAAUUACGCUAGCUAACGACAUCAAUCGUCGAGAUUCAAAGAUCGCAAAAUGUCGCUUCGACAACUUUCACUUCGCCCUGGUUAUAUCCGAGUGGCCUCCUUUGUGUUCAGGACGUCGUAUACCUCAGGAUGCGGCAUUCGAUACUCGAGCACGGCCCCGGCUACAAUUGUCGAUAGGUCAUUCUGGCAAAACUUGGUACCGAAGCCACUGAGAAAGGAAAAUCGCCAGUUAAGGAAGAAGUCCAAGGAAUGGAAUCCCGCGACAUUCUUUAUUGCCAUAUUUCUUCUUAUCGGGUCCAUGUCGAUUCAAAUGAUUACUUUACGAAAUUCCUUUGAUCGAUACAUGCGACAGUCAGAGGCUCGAAUUGCAUCCUUGCGGGAAGUUGUCGAGAAAAUCCAACGAGGCGAGCCGGUUGACGUUGAGGGGGCACUUGGAACUGGAGAUCCUGCAAAGGAAGCCGAUUGGGAAGAGAUGUUGAAGGCGAUUGAACGUGACGAAGCAAUUCGCAAGUCGAAACGAGAGAAGCCAGAGCGAAGUGAGCCCGCAAGCACAGCCUCAUCAACCUCAACCCAGAAUGUAGAGUCUGUUAAGGCUGCACCGACAAACGCAAAACCCGGGAGUCUUGGUAAUUUCAUUUAGACGUAUGAAUCUAUCCUCAGGAUUGGGUAGUAAUACACUGAUAAUCUAAUUUCAUGAGAGCAUAUCCUUGAAAACACCACGAUUUCCGAAGGAAGCUUGGAGUGAAGCCUGUGUUGGUGCUUCUGAUGGCGCAACAUCGUUGCGCAGUGCAGAAAGAAGAGCAGGAAGGAGGUCGUCUGUCGAUAAUGCAACUCUCACUCCCUGCUCACCCUCUUGGUUGGGAUCCAUACCCGCGAAGAACUUAUCCUCGCCUCUGAUUCCGCCCAUGCUGAUAAUGGCGAUGGGCAUACCCCGAUCCUGAGCUCGCUUGACAAGCCUCCAAGCUGAAUAAGUGGCAAGAGAGGUUCCAACAACGAGAAGCUUUCCCGCAUUGUCAAUGGCUUCCUCGGCAGUGUGUUUGAUAUGAUUGUCAAUGCUUUCUCCGAACAUGACCACCGCAGGCUUCAGAAUUCCCGCGGUGCUGGGAAGCUUCCAUGCACCGUCUGUAUCAACCUGGACAACAUGUUGAUGUCCGUCAGCAUUCUUUGGAGGACUGGAUAAGCAUUUGGGACAAGAGGGGUAUCUAAAGGUUGUAUAGGGAGCAUCUGGCAGAUCCACAUCGCCGUCGGGGUUCACCUUUAGACCUUUAAACCUGCGCUCAACUGGGUCUUCGGUGUCUAAUGCCCCUGACUUGAGGGCCCUCUCGAGCAACUCGGCCCAUUUAGGGUUGAGGGUGGCCAAUUUCUCCUGGAAUUCAUAUCUGGAGAACUCGUUUUUACAACUCGUGCAGACAACAGCUCUUAAAUAUCCAUGUAAUUCUAAAGUUGGUAGAUCAGGAUGAGCUCUUGGAUGGAACGAGUCAACAUUUUGAGUAAUGACACUGCGUAUCAGACCAAGAUUCGCGAGAUCUCUUAUAGCAUAGUGGCCGUUGUUUGGGGAUGCCUUUUGGAGAUUAGACCAGCCUAGAAAGCUUCGAGCCCAGUAUCGUUUGCGAGAUUCGUGACUCUUGAGGAAUUCUGGGUAGUAGAUAGGUCGAUAUGUCUUGUUGACCUUGUAAGUGCCCUUGACACCCCGGUAAUCUGCUAAACCCGAAGCGACUGAAAGGCCUGCACCGGUGAGAACAACAGCGGAUGCAGGUAAGUCGCUAGGAGACGGCGCAACAAAGAAGCGAUGGAGAGCGGCGAUAGCUCCAGGGAGUGUUGAAGCCGAAGCUGGUGCAAUUACUGAAGGCAGGGGGAGGUCCGUGUAAGGGAUCCUGAGCAGAGGCUUGCUCAUUGGAGCCGCUUUUAGGAUCGUAAUGUUUAAGAAUUACGAAUACUCGGUAUGAUAAUGCUUAAAGUGAAACUCAAGCCCAAUCUCCAGUGGCUGACGAGGCUGUUUCCAAUUGCUUGUGGAGGAUUGGUUGAAAGAAGACCAAGUCGCCGGCCCUGCUGAGGCACUGACUCGAGCUGACCAGUGAUGACGAGCUGGAUACGAAAAUUGAAAUACAAGGACUGAUAUUAGACAAGAGGAUGGCGUGGC